AUGGAGAUUUUGCGGAGUUUAACGCUAGGCACAUUGUUGCUACUUGCAUUUAUAUUUUUCUACAGUUCAGUGGUCGAGUCAUGUAACGAAUCCGUAUGUGCUCCCAUCGUUUCCAAAUGUUUGUUGACACAAAGUUGUAAAUGUGAAUUAAAAAAUUGUUCCUGUUGUCACGAGUGUCUCAAAUGUCUUGGAAAGAAAUUCUACGAAGAAUGUUGCAGUUGUGUGGAGCUUUGCCCCAAGCCAAAUGAUACUAUGAACUUUUUCUCUAAAAAGUCCCAUGUGGAAGAUUUUGAAGGUGUACCCGAGCUUUUUAAUGUUCUUGUUUCCUCUCCAGUGGAUGGCUUGGAUUGGAAUAUAUUUACAUUCCAAUUAGAUUUUGAUAAGGUAUUGUCUGGUCCAAAAAUGCACAGUUAUCCUAUGGAAAACAAUGAUAAGAACUUGGAUGUUGCCGUCAAAGAACGUGACCAUAUGGGAACAGUGAAUUGUACUGUUAUCUAUCUCGAUCAAUGUACAUCGUGGAACAAAUGUCGCCAAAGCUGUCAAAGCACCGGCGCAAGUGGUUAUAGGUGGUUCCACGAUGGUUGCUGUGAGUGUGUUGGCUCAACAUGCAUUAAUUAUGGACUCAAUGAAAGUCGCUGCAGAAAUUGCCCUGAACCUAAGGAUUUGGGUGAUGACUUCGAUGAGGACGAGGAUAUGCAAGAUUUCGGCGAUAACAUGGGACCGUUUGACGGCUCUGUAAAUAGCAACUACUAACCCAUGCAGCAGACUCUACUCGAUUUUUUUAUAUAGUAUUCAAUAUUAUACAUAUAGGAAUUGUGUAUUUUGUGUUUUUAGUAUCUAAUGUAUAAUAGAAAACAAUAAUAAAGUAGAAUACGUAUGUAUACAUACAAACAUAUUA